CAAACACCCUACUUCAACUGAACAAUAUCUCAGCUAUAAACGACGAGAUGGCAGCGGACCCCAUAACACAGGCAGCCGUCGACGAUGUUUUCAACUUCGACUCCACAGACGACGAAGACCCAUUCAAUGAUAACAAAAAGCCCUUACGCGCUGGCCGAGACGAUAAACCGACAUUGAGUCCUCGUCACAAACGCAAAGCUGGGGACAACGAAGAAACUGGCGCAGAUCUCGGUCUUGAUGAAGAAGUCAAAAUCACAAAAAAGCGUAAACCUAUUGCCAAACUCGAUGAAGCACGACUCCUCUCAGCACCUGGCAUACCCAAACUACGCGCCCUGGCAAGAUCAGGCAAGUUCAACAAAAAGUUGCGCUUGAAAGGAAAAGGACACGAGUUCUCCGAUGUUGCUCGGCUCUUGAACUACUACCAGCUAUGGCUGGACAAUUUGUAUCCGCGAGCGAAGUUCGCAGACGGUCUACAGCUGGUCGAAAAAGUCGGACAUAGCAAGCGCAUGCAGAUCAUGCGAAAAGAGUGGAUCGACGAAGGGAAGCCUGGGUAUAUCCGAGACAAGGGCAGAAACAGAGACGAUCACGAGCAGGAGAAAGACACGGAUGAUUUGUACGCCGGAGACAAGCCAGCUGAGGACAAGAACACGUCCAGUACCGCUGCGCAAGCAGAAGAGGAGGGAGACUCGCUAUUCAUUCCAGACUCGCGACGCAGUGGGAAGGAUGUCAACAAUGAGAACGACUUACCAGAAGAUGAUGAACUUGACGCAUUGCUUGCCGAGCAGGAUGCUUCCAUUUCGACCGUUCAGCCCCGAUUAUCGAAUAACAAGACAGGAAUGGAUGUUGAUGUUGAGUUUGAGAGCGAAGACGAUCUCGACGCACUGCUUGCAGAGCAAGAAACACGGAGACCCGCGCCAACGGCGUCGGCGCCGUCAUGGGCACCAAAAUCCAAGGCCAAACCUAAGUCCUCUCCGUUCGAUGAGAACGAGGGCGACGACGAGGGAAUGGAUGACAAUGACGACCUUGACGCCUUUCUCGCCGAGCAAGAGGCUCGCUCGAAGCCAAAGACUACUCAACUUACCACAAUGCAACAUGAGCCUGCCGAUUUGCUACUUAACGACAACGAAGACGAAGACCUAAUGGAUAAUGAUGACCUGGACGCUCUCCUCGCCGAGCAGGAAGCACGACAAGCGACUUCCCAGCCGCGACCUUCUGGCGAAGACAGAGCCGCUACUCCUCCACCAGCAGCUGCCGUGUCCAAUGCCGUUGCGCAGGGAGAAGCUGCCGGCGACGAAAUGUUCUCAUCUUCGCCUGUGCGGACUACGCAGCAAUCCGGAGUUGCUGCGCCAGGAGCAGAAGCGGAAGUCGACGUCAACGAAGGAAAGCAGCAGGAGGAAGAUGGAGCUCCAGACGGCGCGGAAGUGGGUUUGGAAGCAGGCGAUAUGUUCUCGUCCUCGCCCGUCCAGAACGACAAGAUAGACGUGUCUUUCUGAUACGGAGAAUUCAUAGCUAUGAUACCAGCUCUGUAAGAACUCUGACUUCCAUCGG